UCAGGCUUGACUUCGUCUGUGAAAUCCCCUGUGUGCGAAUAUCUGCCGUAGUUUCCCGGUGCUCCUGUUAGGAAAUGGAUGUUUCACACAUAUCAGACGGAUUUUUCCCCUCAUGGAUCGAACAUUACGAACUUUUCUUGGUCACAUGAACGGACAGGAGUAUGGGCAAAUUCCAGUCCAAACUUGCUUCGAAACGUAGACAGAGUCCUGAAGGUGGUAGUUUGGCGUCCAAUGUGUUGACCUGUCAAAAGGAGCUGGAGCGUUUCCACAUCCAUAAAACCAAACUGACAGAGAACUUGUAUGUAGAGUUGAGGGAAAACAAGUCUGACCGUAACUGCAACCUCAGAGUGGUUCUGCCACCAAAGAAGACGCCCAGCAGAAGUAACAGCAUCCACUUCCAGGUCAAAAAACAGACAAAGAAAAGGAAUGGCAAUGCUGGUGUCACAGAGUGUAACGUAGUGCUUGACGAGGACACUCAGCAGGAAUGGGUCUUCAUGCUGUACAACUUUGACAACAGUGGCAAGGUCACCAAAGAGGACAUGUGCAGUCUGAUACACUCCAUGUAUGAGGUUCUGCAAGCAUCAGUCAAGCAGCCACACAUUGGCACCACACCCCUGAAGAUAAAGCUAGUCGUAACUCCAUCGGCAGACCCAGAAAAGACCUCACAGACAGCAGCAGAAAAGGAGCAGAGUGCAUCACAGGAGGCAGGAACACCAAGACUUUAUUGUGUGGAUGAAAACAUAGAGCGUAGAAACCACUACCUGGAUCUAGCUGGCAUUGAAAACUAUACCUCCAAGUUUGACAACACAGAAUCUCCUUCACAGGAGCCAAGACAGGACACACACUCUGCUCUUCAGCACCACCAUGUGGUCAUCAGGGAGAACUGUGUCUCCUCUGAGUCCCCAAGAGGCCUCCCUAUCCCUCAUUCCCUGAAAAACAAAGGCAUGUCAGUGGGGAAAGACAGGAAUGGAGGAGAGGGAAAGUCCUGCAGGCUACACGGCCAACACCCUGCUUCAUGGUGCCAUGCCUCCCAGUCUCAGCCUGCACCACAGCGUACUCACAGCAAGAGGAUUCGCUCCAGGGUGCAAGAUACCGCCUUGCAUCUCAGACCCGCAGUAUGGGGAGAUAAGGAAAUAUCUUCCCACCUUCAGCCCUCAUGUGGGGCCCUGGCCUCUCAAGCCCAGAGACAUGAGCACCAUCAUCACCAUGAGCACCAUCAUCAUCACCACCAUCACUACCACCCUUCGUAAAAGCAUUUUAAACUCGUAUGAGACAGGUGAGAAGAGUUGGAGCACUCCACUGAUAUGUGGGUAGUUUUGGAGGUCAAAUGCAACUCACCUUGUUUUCAUUAUAAGGCACUGUUAUCUAAUGCAAACAAACCAUGAAACAUUAUCUACUCUAGAUCCAGAAAGGCCAGUUCAUUGUUAACUGAAUGAUACUUCUAUAGCCAUUUAGAUCGACGUGGUCCCCUCAGGUAGAUCGCCACUUAAGCUUAAAAUUAUUUAAAUGCACACUUUGUAGAGGUACAUGCUUACAUUUUGAUCUAAAACAUGAACAUUAACCACCAUUGCAUAUUUACGAUGUGUCUUUCUGUUUAAAUAUAUGCCUUUAAUAAAAAAAGAUGUUUUGUUUAUUCUGACAUGAUCACAUAUUUUCUUCCUGACCAUCUGAAGAAUAUUUAAUGAUACUGAAUAAUUUAUCACUUGAUUGCUUGAGAAAGACUUUAAAUAGUGUAGACCUGCGUGCCUGAAAUGAUAACCAAUAAUAUCUCAGUUGAUAGUUUGUAUUAAAAACAAUUAAACAAAGUCCACAAAGUAGUUUUUAUGUCUUUCUGUUAUGCACAUUAGUGACAACUAUUGCUAAAUCACACCAAGAGAGAUGAUAUUCCCUUGAAUGUAACACACUGUAACAAUGGUUUGUAAAAUCUUCUGCAUUUACAGACAUAAUAUGUUGAUUGUGAUUGUAUUUUUUCAUAUCAGAGACACAAUAUGAAAAUUGGAAUGGCACACUGACAUACCUUCAUAUAUAGAUACUAUAUACUUACAGUAUCAGGUGUCUAAAAACAACAGGAAACAUCAGGUUGUUUUUAGACUCCACGUCUUCACCAAUGUUUAUAUCACAAGAGCUCCAUCAUGUAUGCCUCAGUAGACCAUAAUACAUUGCAACCAUGUGACAUGUAAUUUCAGGGUGUUCAGAGCAAUCACUGAGGCAGAUUUGGGGGUAAAGGCUGUACUAAAAAGUAAAUAAUGGUACCUUAUUAUAAACCGUCUUCUUGAAUGCAUUAAACAUUUCA